AUGGUGAACCCUGCUCUUAUCAAGGAGGCUGCUCGGCGGGCCUCUCGCUAUACAAAGACCUCCUCUAAACCAUCUUCCUCUGUAAAACCGUCCUCGCCACCGUCUCCGGUCACCAACAUCCAUCCAGCGAGCAGAGUUGACCCCAAAUUGCACAACCCCGACGUAGUGACGUUGCUCUCUGUCCCCCUCCGUUUUGACUUCAUUGGCUACAUCAUCGAUUUUGUGGCCAUGGCGGUCUUCAUCUCGAAAGUUGGCUUGUUACGGGCGCGUUCUGUCAACCCGUCCACAGCAGAUAUGUUGAAGACUCCGGCCUUCAUUGACUUUGUCACGCGUCUGGUCGUGGCAACGCACACGGACGUCGCCACGGUCUUGGUGGCCCUGGUCUACGUCAAGAGGUGGUGCAACAGUCUGGUCGUUCAACAUCUGAGCUGUGAACAGGUUUUUUUGGCUGCUAUGUUUGUGGCCUCCAAGUAUGUGGAUGAGCACUUAUGUCCCCUCGAGCUCUGGUCGGACUGGUCGGGCAAGUCGGAGAAAGAGAUCAAGCGGGUGGAGUGUCAGUUCCUUCAAGCGAUCUCCUUCGACGUAGGCAUUCGGGACGAGGACCUGCUUGCGCACUACGACCAGGUGAUAUAUCGCUGCGUUACGCACAGCUUGUGCUCCAGCCGCCCACUUCCGGAGGCCAAGGCCGUCUCUCCUCCCCCUGCCUACCGUCCACAGCCCGUACUUCCUGCCCCAGAGAACCCUACCUGGGCUGCGCUCCCCGUGCCAACCAAGGAAAUCAAUUGGUCGUUCAAUGGCAAAUUAGCACCCACUGCCUGGCCCUCGUUCUCUCCCACAUCCUCUCCCUCGUCCUGGUCCUCGGCAUCGUCUUCUCUCUCGUUCCCUGUCUCGUCUUCGUCGUCGUCCUCUCCCUGGUCGUCAGCAUCGUCCUCUUCGUACUCGGCGUCGUCGUCGCCGUCGACCGCGUCGUCAUCUUCUGUGGCCACUCCCCACAUGGACGAAUCAUUAGAACUACCGCCCAUCCUGGGAAAGCUCAAUCCCGAGCCACACUCCCAGACGCUGCCGGGAAUCUGGGAAGCCAUCCCGCGUGAGUACGCCUACAAUCCCAAGCCACACUCCCAGACGCUACCGGGAAUCUGGGAAGCCAUCCCGCGCGAGUACGCCCAUCUACCUGUGUAG